UGUGGUAGUUGGCCAAGAAAUAUUACAUGGAGACGUGAGGCUGCAGUGGAAGCCCUGAAGGUUCUGGUACAUGUGAGCAUUGAAGGAGAAGUGCCUUUUGAGCUUCAUCGCUACAUCACUGGGCAGAAAGGAAGUGGCAUUUGCAAAAUGAUGGAUGAAUUUGAGGUCAAUAUUCAAGUGCCUGCUCCUGAGCUCCAGUCCGACAUAAUUUCCGUUACAGGCCUUGCCACUCACCUGGACCAUGCUAAAGAAGGGCUUCUUGAGCGCAUCAAAGAGCUGCAGGCUGAACAGGAGGAUCGGGCUCUCGGUCAACUUGAAGCUCCUAUCACUGUGGAUCCCAAAUAUCAUCCCAAGAUCAUUGCUCGCAAGGGUGCCAUAAUCACCCAGAUCCAUACUGACCAUGAUGUCAACAUCCAGUUCCCUGAGAAAUAUGACGAGAACCAGGACCAGAUCAGCAUCAACGGCUAUGAGCAGAAUGCUAUAGCAGCAUGUGAUGCUAUCCAAGGCAUUGUUGAUGAACUGGAGGAAAUUAUAUCUGAGGACAUUACCUUGGACAGCAGAGUUCAUGCUUGCAUUAUUGGUGCUCGUACCAAGGGUAUCCACAAAAUCAUGGAUGAAUUUAAAGUUGAUCUUCGGUUUCCUCAGAGCGGAGCUGCAGAUCCCAAUUUGGUUACUGUAACUGGCCGUCCAGAGAUGGUUGAUGAAGCCAUAGAUCAUCUCCUGAACUUGGAACAGGAAUGUAUGGCUGAUGUGGUGGAAAAUGAGGCCAAGAUGGCCUACAUGAAGCCAUCGGGCACUGCAGCAGCCAACCCUGAGGAACCCCGUGGGCCCUCCAAAUAAUUAUUGUAUACUUUACCUAUCUUUGUAAUGUUCUUCCCUAUUUGUGGAUAUUCUCGAGUGAAGUAGAUGAGGCCACGUAGG